AUGGAUUCAUCAAAUUCCAGUGAAUCUCCUACACCACAUGAUACAUGUAUAGGUCAACAAGAUAAUAAGUUGCUUAAAACAGGAGCCGAAAAUGAUAUUUUUCCUCACAAAACUAACAAAUCUGAAUCACAGUCUUGCAGACUGCGAACAAAUGAUAAUUCCAAGGUUGAAAUGCCAUUAUUUUCUGAAAUAGAUUUUGGUGAUCAGAAGCAGGAUUUAUCAAAUUCUCAUAUACUUGGUGUUAAACGCUCUAAAUAUGACUCCACAACAAGAUGGGAUGACCAUCACUAUGAUAACUCAAAGCCAACUGCCAUCCCUGUACCUGUUGUAUGCAGCGGUUCUUUGAACAUUGUUUCUGAAGAAUCAUCACAGACAAGCUCAAUAAAUACAUCUGGAAUCCAUACAACAUUAUCAGAUUAUAGAGAAGAACUUUUGAGUGCAAUUUAA